UUGACUUUGCCGUCGGUCUCACGGAUUUCAACAAGGAAGACGAGUACAGCAAGAUGAGCAUGACGAACGCGGAGGCUGUGCGCCCCGUCAUCAAGGGCUCGUACCAAAAAUCCUCGUUCUUUGACACGAUCUCGUGCGAUGCGCUCGACCGACUGGAGGGCGUCAACGGCCGCCUCCGCGCCCACGAAGAGCGCAAGCUCAACACGGAGACGUUUGGCGCCGUCGGCCUCAACAACCGCCGGGGUUACCGCGGCAACCGCAACAACGGCAAUGGCAACGGCGGCGGCAACCGGAACCGGAACGGGGGCAACGGCUACCCCACGGACCCGCGCAACUACGGUACCAGCAACGCAAACGCCAACGGUGGCAACGGUGGUGGCAACGGUAACGGCAACGGCAACGGUAACCGGAACCGGAACCGCAACAACGGUGGCACUGGCGGCAACGGCCGGGGACAGGGCCGCAACCAGAGCAAUGGCGGUCGCCAGCCCAUGUACCAGCCCCGCGACCAGCAAGCAUAAAGGACGCGCAUAGAAGCAGCACCGCGCAUACCAGAAGCGAUACUUAUGACUAAUACAACGUGUUGCUCUGGCUCGCAUACGACACGGGGUGGUCCGCCUGAAGAGCUUGCACUUUUAGUACGCCAA